UUUGUAUUUCCUCAUUCACCAGCCCGUCCUUACACGGUGGCUUCUACUUGUAUAUUCACAGCAGCACUACCCAAAAAAUCAUCGCGGUCGCCGUAUAUUCCCUACGCACCUGCCCUAUUGACCAUUCGGCAACACCCACUAUUCGUCCGCCUUGCUUCCUGUCUAAUCGAAACGGCGCAGCAAUUGUACGCACGCCACUCUUCUGUGCUUAUCUCUAAAAAAAAACUCUACCCCAGACUGCGCUCCUCGACGAGAGUAUUCGACGCAGCUGUCUAUAAAUCACCCAAGGCUUCCUUCCAUCCAGACUAGCCGAGGUGCAAGGGCUUUGCCUAUUUCUGCAGAUCUACUGCUUUCAACAGCAACUACACCGACUAUUGUACCUUACAUACACCCCCGCUACAACCCACUCCACCAUGUCACUCAAUUCAGACAAGCAGACUAUCGACUUCCGCUACAGCAUCAGCAGCAGCACUGCGGCUCCAGACUCGGUGGACCAUCAUGCCGAGACACAGCCCGAGACAGAAACAGUGCUGAGCGUCACUGGCAUGACAUGCGCGUCGUGCGUCAACAGCAUUGAAGGGCACAUUGGCAGCUUUGACGGCGCCGUCAGCAUCAGCGUCGAUCUGAUGACAGCACAGGCGACAGUGCGACACUACACACACGCCUUGCCCGUCGCCGACCUCUGCACAGCCAUCGAGGACAUGGGUUAUGAUGCAGCCGUGCUGAGCACCAAGACACUGGCUCCUGUCAGCGAUGCCACGAAGGCUGACGCCAAGGCGAUCCUCGGCGAGAGCGCAGUCGAGUCGUGGUUCAAUGUCGAGGGCAUGACGUGCGGGUCGUGCGUGGCGACCAUCACAUCUCUGCUCAAUGACCUGCCGGGCGUGGAGGCUGCCGAUGUGCAGCUUCUCACAGCACAGGCGAUGGUCAAGCACAUUCCGCGCGAGAUUGGCGUGCGCGAGAUUGCCGAUGCCCUGACGGAUGCCGGGUAUCCAGCGACGCCGCUGGACGGGGCAGACUCGAGCAGCGCAGCUGAUCCGUCGACAAUGGCCCUGCGGAACCUCGAGAAGCACCGGAGGCAGGCCAUGCUGCGCUUCCUGUGGUCGCUGGUGUUUGCCAUCCCCAUGCUCAUCAUCUCCAUGAUCAUUGACAUGGCGCUGCCGUCGUCGAACCCUGUGGCAAAGGCAUUCCACCGCAAGGUGUUCCAGAAGUACUCGGUCUCGGUCAUCUGCACCUUCUUCAUCGCCACAGCCACGCAGUUCACGCUCGGCCUGUUCUUCUACAAGCACGCAUACAAGUCGCUGGUGCGUGCCAAGACUGCCAACAUGGAUGUGCUGAUUGCGCUGGGCACCACCGCCGCCUACGCUGGCUCGAUAAUCAGCGUGGCCUUGCAGCAGGGCGCUGGCGAGCAGUUCUUUGAAACCGCUGUGUUCCUGAUGACGUUUGUGUUCCUCGGCCGCUGGCUCGAGGCAAUCGCCAAGGGCCGCACUGUCGGCGCUGUCGAGGCCCUGGUGAAGAUGCAGCCCGACGACGCCCUGCUGGUCAAGCCCGGAGCCAAGGACGGUGCCGACGACUUUGCCACGAUCAGCUCGCGCCAGAUCCAGCUCGGCGACCUGCUGCAAGUCAACAACGGCAUGCGCGUGCCGUGCGAUGGUGUGAUCGUCCGCGGCAACACCGAGAUCGACGAGUCGCUGCUGACUGGCGAGUCGCUGCCGGUGGCCAAGGGCGAGGGGUCGGCAGUGACCGGCGGCACGCUGAACCUGUCGCAGUCGGUGCGGAUGCGCGCAACAGCCAUCAACGAGUCGUCGACACUGGCGCGGAUCGUCAAGCUGGUGCGGGACGCGCAGUCGAGCAAGCCGCAGAUCCAGGAGGUUGCCGACCGGGUGGCCAACCGGUUUGUGCCGCUGGUCGUCCUGGCGUCGGUGCUGGUGUUCUUUGUCUGGCUCAUCAUCGGUGCCACGGGGAAUAUCAAGGCCGACUGGCUGGCGUCGAAGCUCAUGGGCGGACUGGGCGGCAAGCUCUCGCACACCGACAGCAUGGGACAUAUGGACGAUGCACCGCCGAUGAAGUACCCGAUCUUUGCGCUCCUCAAUGCCAUCAGCGUGCUGGUCAUUGCGUGUCCGUGCGCGCUGGGACUGGCCGCGCCGACAGCGAUCAUGGUUGGCACGGGGCUGGCCGCUCGCAUGGGCAUUCUGGUCAAGGGCGGCGGCGCUACAAUGGAGGCUGCGAGCAAGAUCGACAUCGUCGCAUUCGACAAGACCGGCACCCUGACCAUUGGCAAGCCCGCAGUCUCGGACCACUUUAUCGAGCAGUCGCGCGCUGAGGCCAUUUCGGGCUGGCUCUAUGCACACAUUGUCGAGAUCGAGUCGCUGAGCAGCCAUCCGCUGGCCGCUGCCAUUUGUGCGUAUAUCCGCGAGCACACGCAGUCGGGCUCGGUGCGUGCGCAGCUGCUUGAGCACCAGGAGCUGCCUGGCCGCGGCAUGCAGGCGACUGUCGAGCUCCCAGCAGAGAUUGCCCACGCGCUUGGCUGGACUGGAGUUACCACUGCCCAUCUGCUUGUUGGCAAGGAGGCGUGGGCCAAGGAGGAGGGCUGCCUGAUGGACGUCCCCAUGGACAUACGCGCGCAGUGGACCUCCAGUGGCUACACAUCGGUUGCUGUUGCAUUGGUGCCAAUUGGCCGCAGCAUGCGCGGCAAGGUCGUCGCAGCCUUUGCGCUGUCCGACCAGGUGCGUCCGGAGUCGCGCGAGGUUGUGCGCCAGCUGAAGCGUCGCGGAAUCGAGGUCUGGAUGAUCUCUGGCGACCAGCAGGCGGCGGCCAAUGCCAUUGCAGCACAGCUCGGUAUCGACCAUGUCAUGGCCGGCGUUCUGCCCGAUCAGAAGUCCGAGACCAUCCGCACGCUGCAGCGCCGUGGCAAGUCGGCCGAUGAUGCGAGCGAGACCGACUUCAAGGAGGGGCAGUCUGUGAAGCCUACGUCGUCAGUUGCUGCUCGCCUGUUUGGUCGCCUGAGGGGACCACAGAAGCGCCCGUUUGCCAAGGUCGCCAUGGUCGGCGAUGGAAUCAACGACGCGCCGGCGCUGGCGCAGGCUGAUAUCGGAAUUGCUGUGGGGUCAGGCACGGCUGCUGCUAUGGAGACGGCGCCGGCGCUGCUGAUGCGGCCGACGCUGCUCUCGCUGCUGACACUGCUCGACCUGUCCCGCAUUGUGUUCCGCCGCGUCAAGCUCAACUUUGUGUGGGCGUCCAUGUACAAUGUCGUGUGCAUUCCGAUCGCAGCAGGCAUCCUGUACCCAGCUAUCAACCGCGGACUGCCACCAGUUAUCGCUGGACUCCUGAUGAUUGCCAGCAGCCUGACGGUCAUGAUGAGCAGCCUGUCGCUGAAGCUCUUCCGCGAACCAAAAUACAACUGAAAAUAUCUUUAUUAUUUAUC